AAUGUUCUCUGCCGGCAGCAGGCCCGCCCAGAUAUGGCGAGCAAUGGGCAAAUGGGGAGGACAGAAAGGCGGGGAGGACUAGAGUGAAGGCGGGACAGGCGGCAGCCAAGCCGGCCAAUAGGCGGCUCUCCAGAGGCUAAACAUAAAGGGUAGGGGCGCCGUCACUUCUAGCACCAGUCUCCUAAGUUUCCCCUGUGGAUGCACGGCUCAGGCAGCUGCGUUCCUCCUGGCGUUGAGGGGCCCAGAGAGGCAGGAGGACGACUCAGGACAGGGUUUCUGAACAAGAAAAGAGAACAAGGCGCCUGGCCCGCUCUGGAUGGUCCAUGAAAAAUGAAGGGCAGGCGGCGGCGGCGCCGAGAGUACUGUAAGUUUGCUUUGCUGUUAGUGCUGUACACGCUGAUGUUGUUGUUUGUCCCCUCAGUACUGGACGGCAGUCGCGACCAGGACAAGGGUGUUGGACACUGCCCCGGCCUGCAGCGCAGCCUGGGCGUGUGGAGCCUAGAGGCGGCAGCUGCUGGCGAACGCGAACUCAGCUCGGAGGUGCGGGCCGCCCCUGAAGGGAGCACUGGCCAGUCCCCAGGCAACCUCAGUGCCGUCGGGGAAGCAUUGGCUCGCGAGAAGCAACACAUCUACGUGCAUGCCACCUGGCGCACGGGCUCGUCCUUCCUGGGUGAACUCUUUAACCAACACCCAGACGUUUUCUAUUUAUAUGAGCCCAUGUGGCAUCUAUGGCAGGCUCUGUAUCCAGGUGACGCCGAGAGCCUGCAGGGCGCGCUUCGAGAUAUGCUGCGUUCCCUCUUCCGCUGCGACUUCUCUGUGCUGGGGCUGUAUGCGCCGCCGGGGGACCCCGCCGCCCGAGUCCCGGACGCAGCAAAUCUCACCACCGCCGCCCUGUUCCGCUGGCGGACCAACAAAGUCAUCUGCUCGCCGCCGCUGUGCCCUGGCGCGCCCCGUACCCGCGCUGAGGUGGGGCUCGUCGAGGACGCAGCCUGUGAGCGCAGCUGCCCGCCUGUAGCAUUACGGGCACUGGAGGACGAAUGCCGCAAGUACCCUGUGGUGGUCAUCAAGGAUGUGCGCCUGCUUGACCUGGGCGUGCUGGUGCCCCUACUGCGUGAUCCCGGGCUCAACCUGAAGGUGGUGCAACUUUUCAGAGACCCACGAGCCGUGCACAACUCUCGCCUCAAGUCCCGGCAGGGACUGCUGCGGGAGAGCAUCCAAGUUCUCCGCACUCGCCAGAGGGGCGACCGCUUUCACCGCGUGCUGCUGGCGCAUGGCGUGGGCGUCCGCCCCGGGGGCCAGUCCCGCGCACUGCCCUCCGCACCUCGAGCCGAUUUCUUCCUGACUGGCGCGCUAGAGGUUAUCUGCGAGGCUUGGCUGAGAGACCUGCUUUUUGCUCGCGGCGCUCCUGCCUGGCUGAGGCGCCGCUACCUAAGACUGCGUUAUGAGGACCUGGUGCGGCAGCCGCGCACUCAGCUGCACCGUCUGCUGCACUUUGCCGGGCUGCGCGCUCUCGCCGCACUGGACGCCUUCGCUCUCAACAUGACGCGCGGCGCGGCCUACGGUGCGGACCGACCCUUCCAUCUGUCCGCUCGUGACGCCCGGGAGGCGGUGCAUGCCUGGCGUGAGCGCCUGAGCCAAGAGCAGGUGCGCCAGGUGGAGACUGCCUGCGCUCCAGCCAUGCGUCUGCUGGCCUACCCUCGCAGCGGAGAGGAGGGUGACGCGGAGCAGCCCAUGAGAAGGGAGACGCCACUGGAGAUGGAGGCCGAUGGCACCACGUAAACCCUCAUCACCACUUUCAGGCAAAUUCCGGUCAGUUCCCAUGAACUGGGGCACACAGCAUGCUGCUCCAGCACCAGAGCAGCAACACUGCAGAGGCCAUCUAUCACACUGUCAGAGACUCGGACUUGACUUGGUACCAACCGCUGUGCAAUUCUGCUGGACAGGAAUAUCCCAAGCUGUUAAAUAAUGAUAGACACAUUGAUGGAACAGAAGUGACAGUUCAAUGUGGAUAUUUAUGGCCAUAAAAUAGGAAGAGCUUCAGUUCCCAGGCUGACCCUGCCUCUGCUGGAGCCAUUUCAACAAAGCUUACAACAAAGACAAGAUGGGAUUUGGUUCCAUUUCACAUCAAUAGAUGUCUGGACAAAAAUAUCAGUGUGACGUGAAUAAUGUGCAGUCCUGUCUGUCUUGAUUAAAUCACUUAGCAGUAAAUAAAAGGUCUUGGUAAUACUGUUUUAAACAUUCUGCUCUCCCUCAAAUAGUUUACUUUCUCUGGAACCAGAUUUUGGAAAACAAUUUUUCUACCUGGGGUGGAAGAAUCAUAAUGAAUUAAACAAAAUUUUGCUUUGAAA